AUGGCUAACAACAAUAAUAGUCAACCUGCCUCUAAUAAGGAAACAUUAAACUCUCAACCUAUUCAAUAUAACAACAUUGGAAUGCCUUUACCUAGUCAACUAGAAAAAUUAGAGGCUGAAUUUGAUAAAAAAGCGAAAAAAAAAAAGUUAAAAAGUCUUCUCGAACAUUAUGACUCAAAAGCCAAAUACGAAGAAGGACUAGAAAGAGAUGUAUCAAAACUUCAGGGUAAAAUUCAAAAUAUGUUAAACAAAUAUGUAAAGUCACCAUCACCUCAACCUACUACACCGUCACCACCAGAACCGUCAGUUGUAAACCAAUACAGCAAUUAUUUCAUAAUUUUAUGGAAUAAUUUAAUAUCGAUUAUCGUUUCCCCAUUCAUACUUUUAAAGAAAGCACUUGAAAAAUGUUAUUACAAUAUAAAUUGGACAAUACUAUUAUCCCUAAUAUUGAUAAUAGAGUUUGCUGUUAUUGGACUUAUUUGGACAGUAAAAAGAUCGCAUCAUACACACUUGUACGCUGAACCGUACGAGGCUGUAGUACAUGGAACCUUUGGAGUAGACGAAACAUCAUGGAAUAUAUUGGGAUCUAUAAUAUCAUCGAUACAGGAUUUCUUCGCAGAAAUGAUGAACGGAGGUCGCGGGUUCGGCAGUCCGGGUUAUGAUGGAUUCGUACCGAUAUGA